CAAAGCAUUUGGUUAUAUCCUCGCCGAUCUUCCCGGCUAACCAGACGUUUCUAAGUUUUCUUUCACUUCCUCUGAAAAAUCCAGCAAAUCAUAUAAUACAGCUAUUUUCUUUUAUCUCCAUCCUCCUAUUUCUACUCGUCACCCACAUAUUAAUAUUUGUAAUUUCUCGUCUCCUAUGAUCUUCAUGCUUUGAUUUGCCAACAUAACCAGAGAAUCUAUGAUGAAUGACCUAUAUGGGUCAAUCGUCACUAGAUUCUCCAACUUUCUCUGACACGGUUAUCUCGCUUUCGGUCUGAAGAUCCCAUAUCAUCUUUCUCUUUACGUGUUUUUGGUAUGACUCGUAGUCACGUGAUAUUGGUAUCGGAAGAAAGAAGCUUUCCGUCCAUGACAACGAAGAUGAGCAAACACGGGGAGAGGAGGAAGGUGGGAGAAGUAGCGGGAGGAGCGGCGGCGGAGUGCGCGGCGGUGUGCUGCUGCUGUCCUCUCACCGUGGUUAAUUUGGUUGUUUUGGCUGUUUACAAGGUUCCGGCGGCUGUUUGUAAGAAAGCGUGGAAACGUAGCAAACGGCGACGUCUCAUGAUAAAACGACACGGUUUGCUUGCAUCGUCAGCGGCUGCGAAAGGGAGCGAGAGCACCGUGCAUGCGAGAUUGAAGGAAGAAGAUCUAACAGCCGAGAUUGUUGUUCUUGAGAAACACGAAGCGAAAUGCGAAUCGGACGAUGUUCUCGUGCUUGAGGAUGACAUAUUGGAACAUUUUUAUGGGGCAGGUUUUUGGAGGAGCCCGUCACAGAGGGAUACGUCAUUGGGAAAUUUUUAAAAUUCUGCCAAGUUUGUGAGAGAAUAAUAGUAUUUUUAAUUUAUAUAUACAGUAUUUGACUUCGAUAAUUAUGUGGGUAUGUGAAUAGA